GGCAAAAUGAGCAUGCUAAUGCCCUACCGAGCACUCUCUGACUUCAGGACAUAGCGCAGAGAACUGGCUGCAUCAUUUGGUCAAGCUCUACAAUGUUUGCCUUCAUUCUUUCACUAAUGAUCUCUGUGCCUUGGCUAACUCAGGCUCAAGGUAAAGAGAGAGACAUUCAUCCAGCAAAGAUUUAUGGAAAGAAGACUUUUAAAGAGGGAGGAAAACUGCAGAUCACAUGUAGCACGUUUGGUCCCGAGACAGAAUGCGAGGAAGUUGUUAAUUAUCUGUGUAGGGAUGGUAUUGGAAUAGAGAAGAAAAUAUCAAGGGAACGGGAUGUUCUUUUUAGCAUAGAUGGAAUAACAAAGGACUUUACAGGCAAUUACAGUUGCGUCUACUCAAAAACGGAGUACAGUGUUGAAGAAGUACGAGGACAAGGCUUCGAGUCCAUCUUCAUUACAGUGAAUGAUUCGUUUAUCCCUGCAAAUAUAACAUUGCCUGAGAUAAGCGUGAAAGAAGGAGCUGAUGUGGAUUUCAAGUGUACCUCUUCGAAAUUACCUGACAAUGAUCAGAACAACAUUUAUGCCUAUCUGUGCAAGAAUGGAACUGUUAUUCAGUUGAACAUCUGGAACACAGAGAAGAUGGAGACAAUCUUUACCCUAAAAAAAGUCAGUAAGACAGAUUCUGGAUCAUAUGCCUGUGGCCUGAUGGCAGAUAUACAGCCUAUACCGAAAACAAGAGUGAAUGGAAUUAACCAAGUAAACCUUCAUAUUACUGAAAACGUGAAUGACGCAGUAAGAAUUGUGGUGGGCUGUUCUAUUGCGCUCCUGCUUAUACUUUGCUUUCUGGGCCUUUAUGGAGUCGUUGAAAAGCAAGGAUGGUGCAGAUGCCACAGUGAAAGAUCGACUGAACAUGGCGCUGAAGCAAGAGGAGGAGACUUUUUAAGCCAAGGACAUAUUUCAUACACAAAUCAAAUGCAAAACCAGCCCAGAUUCAGAAGCGCUGCAGAAUGGGAUGAUUUCUCUGACAGCAGUGAGAACGAUCAUGCAUCAAAUGAGGAUUUAUAUCAGGUGUGUGAAGACGUGUAGAAAACCCUACCAGCAGUGAUAUCUAUGCAGCACUUCAGAAGACUACAAAGACCAAAGAGAGACAUUACAUUUUUUUUUAUCACAUUUUAUUACUACAUUUAUUUUUUUCACACUGCUAACAUGUCCUGCAUGCACACUAUUGUAAACAUUUAAUAAAAGUGAAGGCUCCAGUUCACCCCACAAUGUUAUGGAAAUCUUGUUGGUUUGCAAAGAAAUUAUAUGGGGAAAAACAUUAGUUCUUUGUUGAUAACAGUCCCUUUUAUUUAGCGAUAUUAAUUCCACAUGUAACAUAUCUGAUUGAGGUGAUCAAACCUUCAGGAACAUUUGAGUGUAAGAAUUUAGUAGAUCUGAUCAUAACAGUAAUAAAGCUAUGCAGGAGUAUGGUUGGGGUUCCUAAUGAUAAGCUUAGACUACUGCUGCAAACAUUUAGUCAAACGCUUUCAUUCUGUGUUAAUGAACCUAUUACUGGCGAUUAUCUAUUGAAAAAUAAAAUGUUGAUUUUUUCAUGUUAAUGUUUACAAAGUUAGUGUAACUUUUAGAUUGUAGUGUAACCUGGUUCUUGAUGGUGAAAGAUACCAACAGUCCUGUAAAUAAAGUACAUCAAAACAAUAAAUAUAAAGU